AUGAAAAUCCCAUUCCUCAACAAGCUCAGCGGUGGAGGGACAGGGACCAAGUCCCCGCCAUUGACUGACCUGUCCGGGGAGUCUGCGAUAUCAGAUCGCGAAAAGAGAGGCAGCAACCUGGACGAGUCGCGUGUGCCAUGGGUGACAUGGAGGUCUCUGUUGCUAGGUGCGUUUGUCUCGAUUGGUGGUAUCAUUUUUGGAUACGAUACUGGUCAGAUAUCGGGCUUUUUGGAGAUGCAUAACUUCAAGCAGCGGUUUGCUCAGCUGAAGCCGGACGGGUCAUACAAGUUUAACAAUGUCCGAUCUGGAUUGAUUGUUUCCAUGCUCUCCAUCGGUACAUUGAUAGGAGCUCUGCUCGCCGGACCAUUGACCGACCGAAUUGGUCGGAAAUGGUCCAUCUUCUUCUGGUGCAUCAUCCUCCAUAUCGGACUGAUCAUUCAGAUCUCCUCACCAUCAGGGAAAUGGUACCAGUUCAUGAUGGGACGAUUCGUAACCGGAUUCGGCGUGGGAGCCUGUUCACUGCUGGUGCCCAUGUACCAGGGUGAGAUUGCACCACGACACAUCCGAGGAGCGAUGGUGUGCUCCUACCAAUUAUUCGUAACACUGGGCAUAUUCAUCGCAUACUGCAUCAACUACGGCACAGAGAAGAACCACCGGGUGGUCGUGCAUGAGAUUGCCGAGAUCCAGGAACAGCUGGAUGCCGAAAAGGGGGCGGGGGGUGGAAUCCGCGGUUGGAUUGAGAUGUUCAAGGCGCCGCGCAUGGCGUACCGCAUCGUACUUGGCGUUGUGCUCCAAGCUCUGCAGCAGCUGACCGGUGCCAACUACUUCUUCUACUAUGGAACGGUUAUAUUCAAUGGGGCAGGGAUCGAUAACACAUACGUGACGCAGAUGAUCCUGGGAGGAGUGAACUUCGGCACCACAUUCGGCGGACUAUACGUGAUCGAGCACUUCGGACGACGCAAGUCCCUGAUCGCAGGCGGGAUCUGGAUGUUCAUCUGUUUUAUGAUAUUUGCAUCUGUGGGCCACUUCUCGCUUGACAUUAAUACGCCGCGUAACACGCCCGGAGCGGGCAAAGCAAUGGUUGUGUUUGCUUGUCUGUUCAUCACUGGAUUUGCCAUGACCUGGGGCCCGAUGGUGUGGGCGAUUGUGGCCGAGCUGUACCCAUCGCGAUACCGGGCGCGGGCUAUGGCGAUGGCGACUGCGUCGAACUGGCUGUGGAACUUCCUGAUUGGAUUCUUCACGCCGUUUAUCACUGGCGAUAUUGACUUUGCGUAUGGGUAUGUGUUUGCCGGGUGUUUGUUUUUCGCGGUGAUCAUUGUCUACUUCUUCGUUAUCGAGGGGAAGGAUAAGACGCUCGAGGAGAUGGAUAUGAUGUAUGUUAUGCGUGUGCCGCCGUGGAAGAGCAGCAAGUGGAAGCCACCGGAGCCGGAGAAUCGGCUCACCACUGAUCAGCUUAUGGAUCGGAAGGUUGCGAAGAAGUAUACCAAGGAAGAGCAGAGUGCGGAGAGCAGGAAGCAGACGGAAGGGGUGCCUGGUCAUUCACAUGCGGAGACUGCAGACACUGGUGAUGAUGCUGGGACUGGACCUUCGCAUUUCUCUUGA